CCAACUUUUCUGAGCUUUUAAAAUGUCCAAGUAACCAACGCUGUAAUUGAAUUUAGGAAGCUGCAGGGCUGUUCAGGUGAGUUUGCUUUCUCCGGUUGCAGUCAUGGCCCAAACUGGAUUCUGCGAUUCCAGGCCUCUGUUGGACCUACACAAAAAGGCCGAGGAAAAGCGUGUCCAUUUGAGGUCGUGGGCUAACGCUUGCCCACCGAAAGAGCGUCGGACUCAAGUGGAACAAUUUACUUCGAUGGGAACUUUUCUGAAUCCAGAACAGGACCGUGUGGUAGGCCUACAUGGGUUGCAUAUCCCCCCAGGAGAUGGCUUUAUGGACUACUCUAGCUUACCGAUUGCCCCAAGAAGUUUAGAUUGCGGCGAGCAGCCGCUGUUGUGGCGUAUUUCAGGGCUUCCGCACAUGUUGGUGCCGGGCCUCCUGCGACAUGAGAUGGAGUUGGCCAUGAGCAGGCUUGGGCUCAUCCAUGACCGAACGUACGCCUGGGAUAUUUUUACGAACAUGAUGAGGAGUCAGAUACAACACCCGUUUCCUAGUGCAGAGUUACCUGGGGCCUACUCGGAGAAGAUGUUGGCCAUCCUGAUUGAUUGGCUCAUCCAGGUCCAUGAGGGUCUGCACUUCUCUGAGGAUACACUGUACCUGACUGUGUACCUGCUGAACCAAGCGGUGCGCCUGCUUAAUGUGUCCAUCUCCAACUUGCAACUCCUGGGUGUGGUCUGUCUCUUCCUUGCAGGCAAGAAGGAGGAGUGUUUACUUCCAGAGGUAUCAGAGCUGUGUCACCUGAUGGAGAACACCUAUACCCCAUACCAGCUGCUCAGGAUGGAGCGGCGGGUUCUCUGUGGCCUGAAGUUUGAGCUCUCGUACACCCCACCUCUGCACUUCCUGCUUCUCUCCACGUCCAUUGCCCGAUGCAGUGACCAGAUGGUGUGGAUGGCCCGAUACCUGUUGGAGCUGUCCCUGUUGAAGGCCCAGUGUGUGAUGUACCAGCCGGUCCACCUGGCUGGUGCCGCCCUCCAGUUGGCGCGCUGUGUGCUGCAGGAGCCGCCCACCCCUGAUGGCGAGACGGCCUGGUGCAUCAGCUCCAGCAUCUUUGUGGGCAGUGAGGCUACUCUCCUGGCGAUCAUGAGGAUUCUUGCUCAGGCUGCUGCCAGGGCACCCAUUGGAAACACCCGGGCCUCCUUCCUCAAGUUUUCUACCAAAGACACCAUGCAUGUCAGCAAGCACACAGCCUUGAUGACUGCCCCCUGUCUCCUCAAGGUGCCUGGUCUGCCGAACUAGGGAUCUUUACAACCUGUAAGGGUUGGAAGGCCCUCCUGCAACUGUCGUGGACUUGUGUGAGAGUACAGAACGAUUUAGCAAAAUAUGACAUGAGGAGCGAAGCAUUCCUGCAGUCAUCCCUUGCACAUGUUGCGGGGAUGUUUGAAUAUGAAGACGAACCUAACUUGUCAGUGCACUGUUUUUUUAGGUAUUUAAAAGUGUCUAGUUUUAAGUGUUGCAGUGUCUUGUCUGGUUCUGCCCAAUCAUUGUGAAGAAAACGUGAAAAUGCAAGGGUGACUUAAUUUGAGCACUUUAAAGAUGUACUUGUUUGUGGCCUACUGAAUGUGGGUUUUUUUAAUGUAAAAAAAUAAAUAUACCUGCUUCUGAAUAUUUA